CGCCCAUCGGGCCUAUUCUCACGACGAUUCCUGUCUUUUUUCUUUCUCUUAUCUUAUGUUAUCGUUGGGGUUGAACAUACUUACGUCGUUAUCAUCUAUCGCAUGAGUUGAACUUGUAACCUUCAACUUUUACUCUCUCUCUCUCUGUCUGCGCUGUUUCUUGGACCAAAUAAUAUUGCCACCAUGAGUCGGAUCGCUUUUCUAUCGCUGCGAGCUCUGCAGCUAGCUUUAUCUAUUGCUAGUAUCGGUCUGAGCGCGUAUGUUGUCAACGAUUAUAACCAGCGAAGCCGAAACUCAGCGCCAUCACCGUUUACCUAUCUCAUGGUCUCUUCCAUAUUCUCGAUUAUAUCGGUUGCCUAUCUCUCACUCACUCCUCUAUUCGUACCGCGCAUCUACCACCAAUAUGCCGCUGUAGUCGUCGAAUCUGUCAACGCCGCUCUGUACUUUGCCGGAUUCAUCGCCAUCGCCGUGUUUAUCGGAUCGCUUAUCAUGUGUGAGGGGACUGUUUGCUCUUGCGCUCGUGCCGAUGCCGUUGUUGCUGCGGGUCAGUUCACGGCGUGGAUCACAACAACUGCUUUCACUGCCAAGGAUCUAUUUAAGAAGGCUUUCCAAGAACCCAAGAAGGAUGACGAGGGUCGAGAAAUGGGGCAGGCAUAAGAAAUCGAGCAGGAAGUACAUGAACACCACAUAACAAAAGCCCGGGACUUGGUCCUCGAAUGAUGGAAUUGAAUCUCUAUUGGAAAGGAUAGAUGGGUAUUAAUGACAGGCGUUUGGGCAUUUUAGGAAAGACAAAAUGGCAGUGCUAUAUUGAGUGGCCUGGCUAUACUGUCAAAGGAGUAUAUCGGCAUGGGAGAUAUCAUACCCAACCUGAAUUUCUGGGCUGGAAUGGGAAACUCGGCGUUUUCUGCGUUAUAGUUUCACAGCCUUCUGUAGCAGAGGCUGAUAGCGCGUUUGAUAUGAAAGUCAAAGAAGCUGUUGAGUUGGACUGGCUUCUAAUUCAUUCAACCAAAACCAUUGAGCUAUUGCGUUCGGUCGCUUCGGCGUAUGUGAAGAUCACGACAUGUGUAC